CGGGAGCGGAGCCGGUCGGCGUAGCUGCCUCUCUGCUGUCCCCAUGGCGCUGUGGCGCGGCUCCGUUUACGCAGGCUUCCUGGCGCUGGCGGUGGGCUGCGUCUUCUUGCUGGAGCCGCAGCUGCCGGGCUCGGCCUUGCGCUCGCUGUGGAGCUCGCUGCAGCUGGGGCCCGCGCCCGCGCCCCUGGGAUCCGGCUCCCCUGAGGGCCGGCUGGCGGCCGCCUGGGACGCGCUCAUCGUGCGGCCGGCCCGGCGCUGGCGCCGAGUGGCCGUGGGAGUCAAUGCAUGUGUGGAUGUAGUGCUCUCAGGGGUGAAGCUCUUGCAGGCACUUGGCCUGAAUCCUGGGCAUGGGAAAGAUCACAGCGUUCUGCAUUCAAGGAAUGAUCUGGAAGAAACCUUCAUUCACUUCAUGGGGAAGGGAGCAGCUGCUGAGCGCUUCUUCAGCGAUAAGGAAACUUUCCAUGACAUUGCCCGGAUUGCAUCGGAGUUCCCAGGAGCCCAGCACUAUGUAGGAGGAAAUGCAGCUUUGAUUGGACAGAAACUUGCAGCCAACUCAGAUUUAAAGGUUCUUCUUUGUGGUCCAGUUGGUCCAAAGCUGCAUGAACUUCUUGAUGACAAUGUAUUUGUUCCACCGGAGUCACUUCAGGAAGUGGAUGAGUUCCAUCUCAUUUUAGAGUAUCAAGCAGGGGAGGAGUGGGGCCAGUUAAAAGCUCCCCAUGCCAACCGAUUCAUCUUCUCCCACGACCUCUCCAACGGGGCCAUGAAUAUGCUGGAGGUGUUUGUGUCUAGCCUGGAGGAGUUUCAGCCAGACCUGGUGGUCCUCUCUGGAUUGCACAUGAUGGAGGGACAAAGCAAGGAGCUCCAGAGGAAGAGACUCUUGGAGGUUGUGACCUCCAUUUCUGACAUCCCCACUGGCAUUCCAGUUCAUCUAGAGCUGGCCAGUAUGACCAAUAGGGAGCUCAUGAGCAGCAUUGUGCAUCAGCAGGUCUUUCCUGCAGUGACAUCCCUUGGGCUGAAUGAACAGGAGCUGUUAUUUCUCAGCCAGUCAGCAUCUGGACCUCACUCUUCUCUCUCUUCCUGGAACGGUGUUCCUGAUGUGGGUAUGGUCAGUGACAUCCUCUUCUGGAUCCUGAAGGAACAUGGGAGGAGUAAAAGCAGAGCCUCAGACCUCACAAGGAUCCACUUCCACACACUGGCCUAUCACAUCCUGGCAACUGUGGACGGACACUGGGCCAACCAGCUGGCAGCCGUGGCUGCAGGAGCUCGCAUGGCUGGAACACAGGCCUGCGCAACAGAAACCAUAAACGCCAGCCGGGUGUCUCUGAGGGCACCGCGAGAGUUCAUGACUUCCCAUUCGGAGGCAGGCUCCAGGAUCGUAGUAAACCCAAACAAGCCAGUAGUAGAAUGGCACAGGGAGGGAAUAUCCUUCCACUUCACACCAGUAUUGGUGUGCAAAGAUCCUAUUCGAACUGUGGGCCUUGGAGAUGCCAUCUCAGCCGAAGGACUCUUCUAUUCAGAAGUACACCCUCACUAUUAGGAAGGUGGUUGUGGGUAAUUUCUCUGAGGAAGGAGAACUAGCCAACUUAAGAAUGACAGGAAUUAAGUGAUUUGGAAAAUAGGAUUGAGGAUGUCAAAACAGUUUCUAGAGCUAAUUGAAAGACAGCCAAAGAAACAACAACAGAUUAAACUGUAUCAGAUACAUUCCAGCCUGUUGACAGUUACCCAAAAACAUUUCAGGUUUUAAUCAAAAUUUAGCUAUCUACUAACGAGACUGGAUUUUUGUUUUUUAUGUUGUAUGUUACAGGGGUAAAAACUUGAUUCCAAAAUCCCCAAUUUAUGCUGUAUCAUCAGCUAUUUUAGGCCAAACUUCUUCACCCUCAAGAGCAUGUCAGCUGGAGAAAGCACUUCCCUGCUUGCCCACUUAAGAAGCGCAUGCUCACUUACCCACACUCCUCGUCUCUAGUGAAGUCCAAUGUGAAGUUGUCGUGUUCUCUCUCAGCUCAGCGCUCAUGGGCGGGAUCGUGGUUUCCAUUCAGUGUUAUAAUGAAAAUAUUUAAUGAGCACACUUUCUCAGUCUUCUGCUCUCAAACAGGACAGAACCAGCAGGAAGGACAAAACAGUCCCUCCUGUGCUUCAUAGUUGCAGCAGAGACAGACUGAGAGUCUUAUGGAAACUUCGAAGGAGUCAGCCAUCCAGCAGUUUAGAAACCUGGCUGACCAGCAGGGUGGCAUGAGCGGAAGGGCUAUGCCUUCCUACCCUGGCUCCUUAGAUUGUAGGCUGGCUGGUCAGAGGCUACUGUGCCUGAGCCCAACCCCAUCACCCAGCUCUGGACAUGCUUUCUGCAGUAGAAGACUGAUGUUUCUUCAUUCUGAUCCUUGAAGGAGUUUGCUUUUACAACUGGAAUGUGCGUCUGUGUGUAAAACAGAUCAUGUAUGUUUUACAUUGACACAUCACAGCCAUUAAAGAGUUUGACCUCAUAAGAGCCCCAGGAUCAUGAAUAAAUUUGUCAUGUUAUGUAUUUAUUUUUUUAUAAAUCAAGGAGACUUCUGUGUGCUUUUAAAUAUAUUAAAAACAAUUUACAUUUCAGGAAUCCUAAGUCUACUUGUAAUUGAUUUUGUUUCUACUACCACUCUGGAGCGAGAUAAAAUAAUAAAUCAUUCCAAUCUUGA